AUGGAUGGGAAAAGCACUAUGCAAAAAAUAGGGAAGGCAGAUGAAGGAGAUGAAGAAUCGCAGGAGGGAAACCAAGAAGGACCGAACUCAGAAGGAUGUACAGGCGGCAAUGGAGAAUUUGUUAUUGAUCUGUUUAUGGAAAUCUCAGCAGAGAAAGCUCUGUGGGAUGACUUUGCAGUUAUUACAAGAAUUAUUGGUCCUAAAUUGUCCCGAGUGGAAAUCAAUAAAUGGGUUUCUGAAAAUUGGGGUGAGGAUAUUGUGGUUAAAUAUAUUCCAAAAGGAUUUUUUGUGGUUGUCUUUGCCCAGGAAUCUAAAAGGUGCCGGAUUUUAAACCAAGAAAAUUGGUUUGUUAAUGGAAACCCAAUUUAUUUACAACCAUGGACCCCAAAUUUUGACCCUACUCCAUUAGCGGUGUAUGAUAGUCUGAUAUGGAUACGACUGUAUAACCUUCCGAUUGAAUAUUGGGAUGAGGUAGUGUUAGAAAAAAUUGGAAGAUCUUUAGGAACUCUUUUGGAAACAGACAAGCAGAUUAUUGAAGACAACCUUUACAAAUUCGCCAGAUUGAGAAUCGUUGCGGUCCAAAGAAUACCAUCAUAG